AAGUACCCAGUUCAGUUGGAGACUUCCAACUGCGCCUAACAGAGCUGUCCUUAGACUCUUCUUCUGCAGAACUGAUGUUUUCACAUCUUUCCUUUGACUGUGUCCUGCUGCUGCUGCUACUACUACUUACAAGGUCUUCGAAGGAGAACUACAUAGUGGAAGAGGGUCAGAAUGCCUACCUGCCGUGUUUCUAUACUCCAAGCUCCUCGGGGAAACUCGUGCCUAUGUGCUGGGGCAAGGGAGCCUGUCCUGUGUUUGAAUGUGGCAGCAAGGUGCUCAGCACUAAUGAAAGGAGCGUGAACUAUCAGACAUCCAGCAGAUACCAACUGAAGGGGAAUUUCCACCGCGGAGAUGUAUCCCUAACCAUAGAGAAUGUGACUCUAGACGACAGUGGGACCUACUGCUGCCGCGUCCAGAUCCAGGGUAUAAUGAAUGAUAAAAAAUUGAACCUGAAAUUGCUCAUCAAAUCGGCCAAGGUCACCUCUACGCCGACUCCGAAGAGACACUUUACUGAAGCCUUUCCAAGGAUGUUAACCACCGGGGGCCCAGCAGAAACACAGACACUGAGGAUCCUGCAUGAUAAAAAUCAAACACAAACAUCCAUAUGGGCUAAUGAGCCACAAGACCCUGGAGCAACCACCAGAACAGGAAUCUACAUCGCAGUAGGGAUCUCUGCUGGGCUGGCUCUGGCGCUUAUCUUGGUUGUUUUAAUUUUCAAAUGGUAUUCUCAUAGCAAAGAGAAGUCACAGAAUUUAAGCCUCAUCUCUUUGGCCAACCUCCCUCCCUCUGGAAUGGCAAACGCAGCAGCACAGGGGAUACGUUCAGAGGAAAACAUCUACACCAUUGAGGAGAAUGUCUAUGAGAUAGAGGAUCCGACUGAGUAUUACCGCUACAUCAGCAAUGGACAGCAAUGUUGA